CUCAAAACCCUAAACCCCAACCUCUAAUCUCUGCAACAGCAUCUCUAUUCUCCGAACUAUGGCGUCUAAACCGCAACCACCGGCCGCCGAAGACGGGAUUUCGUCGGAGGUCAUAAGCUCCGCCGUCGACAGCCUGUUGAAAUGGAAGGCCAAAACCGCCCCAGAGAAGCCUCAACUCCUCCCGGAAGAUGAUUUGGUUUACCUCAACUUAACCCUGAGAAAAAUCCCCGCGAAAUCCCGCACAAAUGCUUUCAGAAUCCCUCUCCCCCACCCUCUUUUCGAUGCAACCUCAGAGGUUUGCCUUAUCAUCGACGACCGGCCCAAUUCGAACCUCACCUCAAAGGAUGCGAAAAAGAUCGUCAAAACCCAAAACAUUCCCGUAGCCAAAGUCCUCAAACUCUCAAAGCUCAAGACAGAUUACAAACCUUUUGAGGCGAAAAGGAAGCUUUGCGAUUCGUACGAGCUUUUCUUGGUUGAUAGAAGGAUUGUCCAUUUGCUGCCUAAGUUACUGGGUAAGUCUUUCUUUAAGAAGAAGAAGUUGCCUGUACCGUUGGAUCUUACUCAUAAGAAUUGGAAAGAGCAAAUUGAGAGGGCCAUGGGUAGUGGGUUUUUGUUUAUGAGGACUGGUACUUGUUGUGUGAUGAAAGUUGGGAAGGUGUCCAUGGAAAGGGACGAGAUUGUGGAAAAUAUAGCUCAGGGAAUUAGUGAGGUUGUAAAAGUUGUGCCUAAGAAAUGGGGUGGUGUGAGAAGUUUUCAUGUUAAGUUUUCGAAUUCCUUGGCAUUGCCGAUUUAUCAGGCGUUGCCUGAUUUUAAGCUCAAGAUUGAUGGCUUGGCAGAGAUGGAGAGGGAGGAAAUUAGGGAGACCGAGGCGAAGGAGAUGAGUAGUGGUGGUGAGGAGAAGGAAAAGGAUAAGAGAAAGAAGAAGAAGAAAGGGAGGAUUCAUGAGGUUCAGUAUAUGGAUUUGGGUAUAGGUGCAGUUGAAUUGGAUAGUGACGAUGAUGAGGAUAAGAAUGAGGAGGUGAAGAAAAUGGAUGCUGAGGAGCAUGUAGGUAAUGAUGUUGAAAGUGAGGGGGACGAGGAAAUUGAUAGUGAUGAUUUGGGAAUUAAGAGGAGAAAGAAGGACAGAUUGGUUAGAGGAGUGGAGAAGAAAGAGGGGAAGGCAGCAAAGAGGAGUAGGUCGCCUGUGAGAAAUGCAGAAUCAGUUGAAAAGAAAGAGAAGAAAAAGAGUAAACUUGGAGCAAGGUCGAAAGGAUCAAUGAAAAAAGCUACCAAGAGUUUGAGUAGAUAAUCGAACUCUAAUCCAGAAGGCAUGUAUUAGUUAUCCAAGGCAACAGUCCAGAAGACCUCAUUUUUGUAUUACUUACCAUCCGCGAUAAGGAGUUUCCUGAAGCCGUAAUAAGGCUUAGCUUCGCUACAAAUUGGGUAUUGAUUUUGCUAUUGCAGCUAGAUAUGGUGCCUUUUCAAAUUUUGGUACCAUUGCAACUACUGCUCGAUUGAAAUGAUGUUGGAAUCAUGUAGAUCUUCAUUUUUAUUUGUUAUCCUGUCUUCCAUAUGAGACAUGAUCUUAUUAAGUGAGAGAAUUUGUUAUGUUUUGUUUGCAUCUUUGUCAUAUCUGUUUUGUGAUUCUUUUCUGGAUUUGAAGUAUGUGAAUUGUUUUUUUUCCCCAAGGUCGAUCGAGAACUGUGUCUUUCUUGCUGUGAUUUUUGUAUAUUAUCUCUAGUUAGCCCGCCCACGGUAGUGCUUAGUAUGGUUCCUGCUAUUGUAUUGGCACUCUCUGCAAUUCGCAGCACCUCAAAGUUCCACAUUCUGAGGUUAGUUCUGGAUUUUGUGUGAUGAUAUAUGCGCAUUAAAAUAGUUUAUUACCAGAUUUCAUAUGAUGCUGUACGCGUAUUCAUGUAAUUGCAUCCUUAGACUUAUGGCUACUAGCGAGCGAUAUCCAUUCGAUGGUGGAGGUAGUUUGAGAUUCUGCUAUUUGGUCAAAAGAUGUCGAGCUGGAAUAGAUAUGUUUGUUUAUGCAAUGCCCUUGCCGCUCUGUGUUAUAUCCGUUCUGUCUUAUGUUAAUGUAACUUGUGCUGUUGAAGAAGAAAAUACUUUUAAGGGCGACUCACACUAAAUGAGUCUUUAUCAAUCUGUUUUGUAUAUUGUACUACUAAUAGUUCAGAUUUUGAAUGUUUCCGGUAUCUAAAUGAAUGCUUUGUCUAAUUGUCUGGUUCCAUCGUCCGAGUAUUGAUUCUCAUCAUUUAAUGGAAAGGAGUUUUGGCACUUCAUUUUUUCGCUUUGGGAGCUGCUCCUAUAGUUGCAAGUUGAAUUACAUAAUUUUUACAGUGAUGGAAAAAUGAGAAGCAAAUCUGCUAAUGAUCAUGUUCGUUUUUGUCACUGCUUUAAAUACUCCUUCCAUUGAAAAACUGUUAGCUUAAAAAGAACAAAUUUCUGCAGUAAGAGUAAUUAUUCGCGACCCCCUGUAUUGUCUGAUCAGUGUGUGGCUUCACUGUGCAUUUACAACCCCCCAUUGCUGCAUUUCUGAAGCCCUCGAGCAGUACAAUUAGAAAAGUAACAGAACUUAAUAAUAGAGUCUUCCACUGACCCAUUUGGUUGUAGUCAGGGAAUGAAGUCUUUCAUUGGCUCUUGUAGUUGGGUAAAAACAGGAAUUACCACUGAUGAGAAGGUUGUAAUUUGAGAACUGUUUGGUGAAUUAGUCCAAGGAGAUAUCCAAAAUUUGACCGAAGUAAAGGUCCCCCACCUGGUUCAUUUUCACAGUCAAACCAGCAUUUACUCCAAUAUUGCAUAAUACUAAAUGGCCAUUGUUUUGUGUCAUGCAUGUCUUUUUGUAAUUUGUGUCUAUCAUCACAGACUUAUUCCUUUGUUGUGUAUUCAUACCUUUUGUCUAUCAGGUACUGGGAUUCUGGAUCUUUGACGCAGAUAAAAUACACCAUCAUUAAACAAACUUUUGUUUUCACCUUUUUGCUGCCCACUUUGGUCUCUGAUGCGACUUCAGUCCCAAAACUUGAUGAUUUUCUUGACAAGUCCUUAGCUUCUUCACCUUAAACCUCAGUAGUUUCCUUGACAAGUCCUCUGUCACACCAGUUGGGUUUCUUUUUGCGAUGAUAAUAACAUAGAAUAAUCUGGUCUCCAGAUCCUUGAGUUUGUUGAGGAAUGGACUAGUCAUUCGUUAUGGAACACGAUAGGUUUUGUAGAUUGUUGACUUGAUGCCCAUGCUUUGUAGCUGAUGAGACUACCUCAAUAUUGUACCAUAUCAGUUUGCUUCAUGAAAUGUACUCGCAGUCCGACCUAAAAUUGACUCGAAAAUGAGACUAGUCAAUCAUAAGUGAUUCUUCAUCCUCCUUUAUUCAAUGCUUGGAGACAUAAUCAAGGGGAUGUCAUUCAAAGCUCGGAAA